ACCCGCAAGGUCUGCCCGAAAAAAACUCCCGCUAGAUCUUGGCGGCCUGCCCCUGCCCGUAAGUUCUUCGUCAACUUACUCGCCUCCCUAAAUUUUCUACUAAAACCUAAACCCAAUCUCUCUCCGACAACUGCCUUUCAUUUCGGAUUUCUCUUCCCAUUCCACCAAUUUCAAUUCAUUGAUCUCUUUUGGCACCCAAUUUCUGCUUCUGAUCUUCUCCUUGUUUCUUAUUAACUUUGCUCUCCCGAUUCGUUUGAUUGCUUCGUUGAACUGGACUUCAGAGCUCUAAUUUGGAGUAAAAUGUUAUAGAUUCAUGUAGUGUUGCUGAGAUUUGCUUGUUUUUUUGAUCGGUUGAUGGCGUCGAUACGGAGGACUUCGUCUCCGGCGUAUCCCGAUCGGCUUUAUCCGAACGGGAUCCCUUCUUCGCCAUCUUCGAAGCUUCUUUCUAAUCCUAAAUACUCGUCUCCUGUCUCGUCGUUUGCCGUUGAAGCGCGGAGAUUCCUCUCUGGAGCUUUCUUUCUCAGGUAUCCUCUGCGGAAAGGCAGCAAUAAUUGGCGAAGAGCAUUAUUUAGAUGCCUUGUGUUUUUCUUGCUUGGCUUCUUGCUAGGUAUGAUGCCGUUUGGCCAUGAUGCCGGCGACAUUCGAAGCCAUGACUUCUCAUUCGAGAUCAAGCCGCCGCAUGUGAACGCGCAGUUCGAGAAAGAUAGUCGUGGUCAGGUUUGGCGAGAGGAUUCAGUUGUCGAUUCAGUUAAUUUGUUGGUCAAGCCAUCUCCGGAAGUGAAUUCGACUUUCACUUCAGUACCUAAAACGCAGUUGAUUGUGGUGACACCGACGUAUAAUCGUGCACUUCAAGCCUAUUUCUUGAAUAGGUUGGGUCAGGCGCUGAAGCUUGUGAAUCCUCCAUUGCUAUGGAUUGUGGUGGAGAUGAAUUCAGCGUCGAUGGAGACUGCCGAGAUAUUGCGGAAAACGGGAGUUAUGUAUAGACAUUUGGUUUGCACUAAAAACAUGACUGACGUGAAGGAUAGAGGUGUUCAUCAAAGGAACGCAGCUUUGCAACACAUUGAGCGUCAUAAGCUCGACGGGAUCGUUUACUUUGCCGAUGACGACAAUAUAUAUUCGUUGGAGUUGUUCGAUAGCCUGAGAGAUAUCAGCCGCUUUGGCACUUGGCCCGUUGCUAUGCUUGCACAAAACAAAAACAAAGCGAUUCUGGAAGGUCCUGUAUGCAAUGGAAGCCAAGUAGUUGGAUGGCACACGAAUGAGAAAAGUAAGAGGCUUAGAAGAUUUCAUGUCGAUAUGUCUGGAUUUGCUUUCAACAGCACCAUCCUGUGGGAUCCAAAGAGAUGGAGACGCCCUACUUCAAAGCCUAUUCGACAGUUAGAUACUGUGAAAGAGGGUUUUCAGGAGACUACAUUCAUAGAGCAAGUAGUUGAAGAUGAAAGUCAAAUGCAAGCUGUGCCUACUGGUUGUUUAAAAGUAAUGAAUUGGCAUCUCCAUUUGGAAGUACCCAAUUUUGUUUAUCCCAGCGGUUGGGUGUUUCCAAAGAAUCUUGAUUAUGUCCUCCCAAUCAAGUGAUUGAACAUUGCCAUUGCAGUUUAAAGCUUAGAAUUUUAGACAGUUUGAUCCAAUUCUGAAUUUUGGUGGCUUUUGAUUCCCGAUUGGAUCAUUGCUUGAACUGGCGCCGUUGGUGAUGGAGAGAUCCAUGGUAAGCUUGGCUUUCGACACAAAGAAGUACGAGUUCUUCAUUUUUCCUCGUAAGAAUUUUCUUGCAUAUUCUUUAACAGAAAUGAGUUUUCGUAUAGUUGUAGAUUUUUAGUGCUUAAUUUAGAGAGUUUUUUUUUUCUUUCCGACUUUAGAUUGUUACAGCAAAACCUUCCAAAUAUUGUGGGGCGGGGACUGUUGUAUAUGUAAACUCUGUAUUUGUUGUAAAACCGAUUGAUGACCAAAUCAAUGGGGGCCUAAUCAAGUAAGGCCAUUUUCCUCUAAGAGUAA